UCUAAACCAAACAAAACUGAAUAUUUACCGAAUUUUGCCAGAGAUUUACCGAACUUUGCGGAAGAGAAAUAGCGUAAAAAUGUCGUCGAGCCGUAAAAGAUUAAAACUAGAAGCUGCAGAGCCAGAGUUGGCCGCGUUCGAGAAACUGAACUUGGUUCUGGGUCGUCAUUAUUUCGACGUUCAGCAGCGGCUCUCCCUCGACCUCCCUCUCCCGUUUUGCGUCCGGAACGUGUCCGUUUGUGCGACGACUCACGUUCGAAAAAGCGGGAUCCGCACCCGGAUCGUGGGGAGUAUGUGCGAGGAGAACACGCGCGAACAAAUAAGAGAGCAGCGGCCGGAUCAGUUCGUGUACUUUCUUUUCCACGCGCUUCGGCGUCAAGAAUUUAUCGGUUCGAACUUGUUCGUGGCCGGUUUAGAGUUGAUUUUAACCAUCGAUGAGCCCCCGCCGGAGCUGCAGGCCGAUUACGCGGCUUCCGAGGUCUUGCUCGGGACGUACGAGGCUCUUGAAAAGUGCCUGGACCGAUUCCCUCCUUGCCGGUGGGAUCUGCGACCCGCCUAUCACGACAUCAUCUUCGGUCAUUUUGAUGCUCCCUGUUUUAGCAAAUGCGACCCGAAAGAGGGACUGCUCAAGAACACGCUGUACUUGCUGGAACAUUUAAUUGAAAACGAUGACCAGCCGAAUCGAGCCAUAGAACGGACGACACGCGCAAGAAAACCGAACGCCGAUUCCAACAGCUCUUCGUGGAGAAUCGGAGGCCACCGACAGAGCUACGAUUUCGAACAAUUACCCAGAGAGGAACGAUUCAAACGGCUUUUCAUGGUGCUGGAUUUACUGGUGAAACUUCUCGAGAUGGAUCUGGCCAUGUGGAUCUUACGAAAUCCCUCAAAGACGCAACAGAAUCUUUGCAAUCGUUCGCACUGUCCACUGAUAGCGCAACUCGUGUGGCGGGACUGUGCGCCGGGUGUGGUGAAUCUGUUCAUUCGCAAGCUGUUCGAAGCUUUCGUCAACGUAAACGCCCUCGAGUACCCGAAACAAGACAUUACUGUAAUCUCCCGCCUACUUAAUCUAAUCACCGUUGCGGUUAAUUUGAGCGAAUUCCAGGACAACGAUGGGAUGAUAGAAUAUCCGUGCCUGAAAGAGAAUAGCAUCUACUUUGCUAAACAACUUUGGACCACGAUGGAAAAAUCUGCAUAUUUUGGUAUGCGCCUUUGCCUAGCCAGCAUCCGUCAUGUCCGAACCCCGUACCUGAUACACUUUCUCGUGAAUCAACUGAUUCGUAAACUGAACCCGCACCUCCAUCCUCCGAACAUACGAGGAUUCUUUCAACAGCUGCUGAAUCGUCAAUGGGUUGCGUACGGAUCUGAUAUGGGCUCCGUAACCACGUCGCCAUCGACCACACUCGCCUAUCCGGUGUUGAACCGUAAUCAGAAACGAGCGAUAAGCAGCGACAUCACCUGCGAACAGUAUGUCGAUCUAGUAUUCCGCGGAUUCCAAGCCUACUGUGAUAUGUACGCGAUUGCCGCCUACUUUAGGGAGUUCGCGAGCAAACAGGAAAGCGAAGACGUAGAUAUGGAAUCGGAUGAUCAGUCCGCACUCCUGGGCUCAAAGGAAGGUUUAACACGAGAAGCCCUGGGGAGCAUUCCGCGUGAUAUUCGGAUCGUAUCACAACCAGUGCCCGAUGACCGAAUGGUAUUCCGCGGGAUAAAUGUAACAACCGAGACGGUGCUAGAGUACCGCGAGAAUCUAAAGUACCUGUUGCUUAUCGAGCAACAACUGAAGAAGCUAGAAACGGUAGAAGAGAGGCAGCUUUUUCACAAAUCGAUUUCCUUCCUCUCCUCUAUCGAUCCUCUACUGGUGAUUUAAUUUAAAUCUUUUUUUAUUAUUAAUCUUAUUAUAUUAUUAACCUUACACUGCAGAGCGUAUUUUGGUUCAUUUAUGUUUGUAUUUGGUUGUCACAGAGUUAGA